GUACAAGAUAUAUACAUAGAGAGAGGAGAGAGAGAUGACGACGACCCCGGACUACUCGUCCCUGCCGGCGAACCUGCAGCCGGACUUGGCAAACCCGGCAUGGAUGAACAAAGGCGACAACGCGUGGCAGCUGACGGCGGCGACGAUGGUGGGGCUACAGAGCAUCCCGGGGCUGGUGAUCCUGUACGGCAGCAUCGUGAAGAAGAAGUGGGCGGUGAACUCGGCGUUCAUGGCGCUGUACGCGUUCGCGGCGGUGCUGCUGUGCUGGGUGGGGUGGGGGUACCAGAUGGCGUUCGGGAACAAGUUCCUGCCGUUCCUGAACAAGAUCGACGACGCGCUGGACCAGCACGUGCUCCUGAAGCAGACCUUCGGCAGCUACAAGUUCCCCAACGCCACCAUGCUCUACUUCCAGUUCGUGUUCGCCGCCAUCACGCUCAUCCUCAUCGCGGGGGCCCUGCUCGGCCGCAUGAGCUUCUACGCCUGGAUGGCCUUCGUCCCUCUCUGGCUCACCUUCUCCUACACCAUCGGCGCCGCCUCCAUAUGGAGCCCCAACGGAUGGCUCAACAAGAAGGGCAUCAUCGACUACUCCGGCGGAUACGUCAUCCACCUCUCCUCCGGCGUCGCCGGCUUCACCGCCGCCUACUGGGUGGGGCCCAGGGAGACUAAAGAUAGGGAGAGGUUCCCUCCGAACAACAUUCUGCUGAUGUUGGCAGGGGCGGGGCUGUUGUGGAUGGGCUGGACCGGCUUCAACGGCGGCGACCCUUACAUGGCCAGCAUCGACGCCUCACUGGCGGUGCUCAACACCCACGUGUGUGCAGCCACCAGCUUGCUCACAUGGUUGCUGUUGGACAUCAUCUUCUUCGAGAAGCCCUCCGUUAUUGGCGCCACGCAGGGGAUGAUCACCGGAUUGGUGUGCAUCACGCCCGCCGCAGGGGUGGUGCAAGGAUGGGCCGCCAUCAUAAUGGGCGUACUCUCCGGCUCAAUCCCGUGGUUCACGAUGAUGGUCCUCCACAAGAAGGUGUGGCUGCUGCGGCAGGUAGACGACACGAUGGCGGUGUUCCACACGCACGCGGUGGCCGGAACCCUAGGCGGCCUCCUCACGGGGUUCUUCGCCAACCCAAAGCUGUGCCACCUCUUCUACUUGAUCGACAACUACGAGCACUACAUCGGCUUGGCCUACGGCAUCCACAACGGCAGAGCCGGCGCCGGCUUCAAGCAAAUGGGCAUCCAGAUUCUGGGAGUCAUCUACAUCGUCCUCCUAAACGUCGUCGUCACCACCAUCAUAUGCAACCUCAUCAAGCUCGUCAUCCCGCUCAGGAUGUCGGAGGAGCAGCUGCGCGUGGGCGACGAGGCCGUCCACGGCGAGGAGGCCUACGCGCUCUGGGGCGACGGCGAGAAGUUCGAGCGCUCCGUCCACAACUCCGUUUAUGGAGGGGAGGAGCUCGGAGCUAUGCAACACAAAGUAUGACCACACAACUAAUUCCGGAAUCUGCUGUUUUUCAAUAAUCUUACAAUUUGCUUUUAUAUCGUUUUCUUCUUUUUCUGGGUUUAUUUCUUCACAUUUAUAUCUGUAGGGGAGGGUGGAGGGGAAUAAUCUUAAUUUGAUAUGACACCAAUGUAAGUUGUGGUGUUUGUUUAGAAUGAUUAGAUGGCCUCUGGACUUGAUAUUGAAGAACCAUCGUGUUUGUAACAAAUAAUUAAUGCCAUAUAUGGUCAUUUACUUUAUACAA